CUGAACUCAUCAGUCACAGGGUACACCUCUUGACUGUCACAGAGACUGGAUGGAGCAGCAAGGAUGACAGCCCUGUAGGAUUGAGCUUUCCAGUCCCCAUCCUCCCAGCACCAUGAAGUGAAGAGGUUGGUGGGCAUCCCAAGAUUCUGCAGAAAAAUACCUCCCCUUCGCUUCCUCGAGCUGAUUCCCAGCGCCAGGAAGAUGAAGCCAUGCUGGCUGCUGUGGGCACUAGCCUCAUUUGUUGUGGUACCUGGCUUCAGGACAGAGCUCUGCGAUGACCCGCCAAUGAUCCAGCAUGCAACUUUUAGAGCCAUUACCUACAAGAAUGGCACCAUGUUAAACUGUGAAUGUGAGAAAGGUUUCCGUCGAAUCAAAUAUGGGUCAAGCUACAUGCUUUGUACAGGAAAUUCUAGCCACUCUUUCUGGGACAACAAAUGUGAAUGUGUAAACUCCUCAAUUAAGAACUCAGAAAGACAAGUGACAACUCAACCUGAAGAAAAGACAGAAAGAAAAACCACAGAAAUGCAAAGUCCGAUGCAGCCUGUGGACCAGGAGCAUCCUCUAGGUGACUGCAGGGAGCCUCCAUCAUGGAAACAUGAAGCUACAGAGAGAAUUUAUCAUUUCAUCGUGGGGCAGGUAGUUCACUACCAGUGCCUUCAGGGAUACAGGCCCAUACAGAGAGAGCCUGCCGUGAGUGUCUGCAAGAUGGUGUGUGGGAAAACACAGUGGACCCAACCCCAGCUCACCUGCACAAAUAAAAGCAAGCACCAUCAAUUUCCAGAUAAAGAAGAGCCUCAAGCAAGCAUGGAUGACCCUCUGGAGAGCGAGACUUCCUGCCCCAUCACCACAACAGAUUUUCAGAAACAUACAGAAGCAACAACCACCAUGGAGACAUUCCUAUUUACAAUGGAAUAUCAGGUAGCAGUGGCUGGCUGUGUAUUCCUGCUCAUCAGUGUCCUGCUUCUAAUUGCACUCAGCUGGCAGCGGAGAUGGAAGAAGAGCAGACGGACAAUCUAGAAAACAAUGGCAAGAAGCCAAGAACAGCCAACAGAGAAGUUACAAAGCACAAGCAAAAUCAAAGACAUUAAACACUCACCCAACAGGCAUCUCUUGUGAUUCCUUGCAUUUUGGAAAGAUCUGAAGUCACAUCACAGGCUACACAGCAACUGCAAUGCCAUCUCUAAGUCAGCCCUGUGCUACACAAGAGUGAGCUCUACCCACUUCUAAACAGAAAUUCCAAGGUCUUUGAAGGAGAAGGCGGAACAAUCAGAACUCUUUGUCUUAGUUUCAUGAAUCUAUGUUUAUCGGAGCUUGAAUGUUAUAAAACUCUCCAUGCCAUAUACAAUAUAAGGAAAACUUUCUUAAUGCUAAUUUUAUCCCAAAUUCCAAGUUUAGAAAUCUCAGGUAAAACCUUAGGGCUAAUGUAUACACACACACACACACACACACGCACACACUUUAUGUAAUUGGAUAUUGUCCAUGUAGAUUCUUUCCCAGCCUGUGCUUGACAAGCCUAUUCUCUUGAUCACAUUAUUUAAUAUUUUUAAAGAAUUCUGAUCUGGUAACUAGGAAUCACUUUGUCCUUAACUCAGUGUACUGAGACAGUUCCUUCUAAUUGAAUUUCUAAAGAAACUCGGAGGCCGAGGCUAAACAGUCUUCCAGUGACACCUAAUCAGGACAGCCAAGCCCUUGGAAUUGUAGAGCUUCAAUAUUUGGAAGGAUUUUACUGGAGUCAAUGUUGGGAACAGAAGGAUAAGCUAGGUUCCAGGUAACGAAUUACACUUAGUAAAAAGCUUUACUUGUACAUUAGUAAUAGACCUAUUUUAGGAAUAGUUUUUGGGGGAUUUCUACAAAUGGUACUCUGAAUUUGCAUGACGUGUAGAAGUGUAUAUUUCAAAUGAAGUGUCAUUAAAACAUUGAAAAGAUAGCUAUGGCUUAAAUGUUUGAGGAAGGAAGGAGACAACGUAGGGAAUGGGGGAGGGGAGAGAAAAGGAGUCAUAUUAUAGAAUUUAGCUACGGAAAACGACACACCAGCGGUCCUCAAAUGUUAUUAAACAAUUUAGCAAGUCAGAAUCACGUGAAGGCUUUGUUAAAAAACAGAUGAUUGGGCCCACUCCCAGAGUUUCUUAAUCAAUGAUCUGGUAUGGAGCUAAAGACUUUGCAGUUCUAGCAAGUUCCCAGGUGAUGCUGAUGAUGCUAGUCCCGAGACCACAGUCUGAGAACCCCUGGCGCAUGUCCACCCACCCUCAACUGCUGAAAACAAUCAUCGUCAGGUGCUGAGACAUCGUGCUCAAUCUUUUGAAUAAUAUUUUUCCUCUCAA